UCUAUAGCAAGUAGAUAAUCCAGGCUGUCUUUGAACAUAAGAUCCUGUUGUCUCAUCCUCCAGAGGGCUAGUGUUACAGGUUGUUUUUCAUCAUUUAGAACAUUGCCUGAAGCAGGUCCACCAUGCCGUUAGUAACGAGGAACAUCGAGCCAAGGCACCUGUGCCGUCAGACGUUGCCUAGCGUUAGAAGCAACGAGCUGGAAUGCGUGACCAACAUCACCCUGGCAAAUGUCAUCCGACAGCUGGGCAGCCUGAGUAAAUAUGCAGAGGACAUUUUUGGAGAGCUCUUUACUCAGGCAAACACCUUUGCCUGCCGAGUAAGCUCCCUUGCGGAAAGGGUCGACCGACUACAAGUUAAAGUCACUCAGCUGGAUCCCAAGGAAGAAGAAGUGUCACUACAAGGAAUCAACACUCGAAAGGCCUUCAGAAGCUCUACCACUCAAGACCAGAAGCUUUUUGACCGAAACUCACUCCCAGUGCCCGUUUUGGAGACCUACAAUACCUGUGACACCCCGCCCCCCCUCAACAAUCUUACCCCUUACAGGGAUGAUGGAAAAGAGGCACUCAAAUUCUACACCAACCCUUCGUACUUCUUUGAUCUUUGGAGGGAGAAGAUGCUGCAGGACACCAAGGAUAUCAUGAAAGAGAAGAGAAAGCAUAGGAAAGAAAAGAAAGAUAAUCCAAAUCGAGGAAAUGUAAACCCACGUAAAAUCAAGACGCGUAAGGAAGAGUGGGAGAAAAUGAAGAUGGGACAAGAAUUUGUGGAGUCCAAAGAAAAGCUGGGGCCUUCUGGCUAUUCACCAUCCCUGGUGUAUCAGAAUGGCAGCAUUGGCUCUGUUGAAAAUGUGGAUACAGGCACCUACCCACCACCGCCACAGUCAGAUUCUGCCUCUUCACCUUCUCCUUCCUUCUCUGAGGACAACUUGCCUCCCCCGCCAGCAGAAUUCAGCUACCCAGCAGACAACCAAAGAGGAUCUGGCUUGGCUGGACCCAAAAGAACCAGCGUGGUCAGCCCCAGCCACCCACCUCCAGCUCCUCCUCUGGGCUCUCCACCAGGCCCCAAACCUGGGUUUGCGCCUCCACCUGCCCCUCCCCCUCCCCCGCCAAUGAGCGUGCCGCCUCCACCACCACCGGCAGGAUUUGGGUCUCCAGGGACUCCUCCGCCACCUUCUCCCCCAUCUUUUCCACCUCACCCUGAUUUUGCUGCUCCUCCCCCACCUCCCCCCCCACCAGCAGCUGACUAUCCCCCACCACCUCCCUUGUCCCAACCAACAGGAGGAGGAGCCCCUCCCCCUCCUCCUCCUCCCCCGCCUCCGGGACCCCCGCCUCUCCCCUUCAGUGGUGCAGAUGGCCAGCCCACCAUACCAUCACCACAUUCUGAGACCACCAAGCCCAAGUCUUCCUUGCCUGCUGUGAGUGAUGCCCGGAGCGACCUGCUUUCUGCCAUCCGCCAAGGCUUUCAGCUGCGCAAGGUUGAAGAACAGCGGGAGCAAGAGAAGCGUGAUGUUGUGGGCAAUGAUGUGGCCACCAUACUGUCACGUCGCAUUGCUGUUGAGUACAGCGACUCUGAAGACGACUCCUCGGAGUUUGAUGAAGAUGACUGGUCGGAUUAACUCGUUCUGCCUGCUGCCCCCCCUCCCCUUUUUCUUUCCUUCCUUCCUGUCUUUGAUAUCUACCCUAACAAUCCCAUGGGGGAAAGGAAGGAAAAAAAUUUUUUUUUCAAGGGGCCAAAGCCUUCCCCGAAGCAACCAAAGAUAUAUCCAAGUGCUUCCUCCAAAUUGCCAUGCAUUUUCUCUCCAUUGCCAGGCCCUUGGGCUCCUGAGGGUCUGCAGCUGAGUUGCUCCUUCUUCCCUUCAAGUGACUGGUACAUAUUGAAAGAAAGAAAACCCCCAGAGCAGAUCCUUUGAUUGGGUUUCAGUUGGAGAUAGUGUCUUCCCCUAAGAGCCAUUUUCAAUGGUGGCCUUCUUCCAAAAUCCUUGCCCUCAGCUUUUUCAAAUAAUGCCAGCCAUUAUUCUGGUCCUAACCCUGUGAGAAUGGCCUGUGUGGAUGCAGACGGCCCCCCACCUGGGCUCAGGAAGAAGGCAUCGCAGGCAAGUGUCCAUAGCCGGACUGUGGCAGGCUUCUGCCCCCUGCGCCACCAUUUUUAGCCGGUGGGCUGCGCUUGCUCAGUUAUCUCUAGGCCUGGCUGCCUCUCUCAGGAGGCAUCUUGUCCUGCCUGGCUGGUGUCUCUCUCCCAGGCUCCCUCCUGAACUCCUGGUGUUCAGGUAUCUUUUAGAUGUCUCUCCCUCACCCUUAGGUGCCUUUAGGCUACAUAGCCUGGUUUUAACCUCCAGUAUCCAUGACCAAACUAGCUCUGACACUCAGGAACCUGGGCCUCUGCUGGUUGUCAGAAAGAAAGCCUAGAGACUUGGAACUACAAGGGUCCUGGGGUCCAGCUCUCUGAAGGACACUGAGGCUUGCCAGUAGGAAGGGACUCGCUCAAGGUCACACAGUUGGAUAGUGACAGAGCAUGCGCCCAGAUUUCUGAAUUCCAAGUUACCCAUGCUUUCUAGGACCAAAUAAUGGGCACCUGCUGGAGUCUGGGCAGAGCCGCUUUAACGAUGCUGCUCAACACUGCUUGUAGGCAGGAGUCCCAGUCAGAGGGCUUAGGGCCUUGGCAGCCCUGUCGGUACUGUUCUGAUCCUUGUGUCCUCUCUUGUCGCCCUUUGUCAUCCCGUUCUACUUCCAGCCACUCAGGUGGCCAAGGAGCUGCACUUUUGAGGGACCAGGAAUAAGGGAGAGAAGAAAGGGGGCAGGAAGCCUUGACAAAUGCUGUUUUCAGUUCCUCUGCAGCCUCUUCCCCUUUUCUUUCUCCAGUGUUUAGCCAGGGUUCUGCCCGCAGUAGAAACUUCAGUCGCUGGGGCUGGAAGCUGCCUGCCGCAAGAUACCUGCCUGGGGGUGGGGGACUGGCAGCCAUGAAGAGAAGGCUAAAAGGCGGAAGGACUCCGGGUCCUCUUUCUAGCUCCCACUCACUCAUACCGUGAGGUUGCUUCCCCCUCUGCCUCCCUGCCCAGAGCCAAUACACAGGUGCUAUUUUUCAGGAAAAAAAACAACCACCAAAAAACUGGUCAGCUCUGGCCAACAGCAAGAUUUCUUCUCUUCUGCUCCAACUAUUGUGUAGCCUUUUAGGCUGAAAUCAGCUUCUCCUGGCUUCUCCAGCUUUCAGAGCCUGAAACAAAGAGAAACAGGAUCUGUCUCUACCCAGCACAGCAAAUGGUUGUAGUAAUUGCCAAAGCCCUCGUAAACCCCUCCGGCUUGAGGAGAGUGAGGAGAGUGCGUAAUCACGGCGCUGCUGCCUGCCCUCACCCAGAGCCUCCCUCCACUUCCCUCCUCGAGUUUGGAACAUGGGGACUAAGCCUGCAGAUGCCAGAGGCCUCCUGCCGCUCCUCCGGUGUCGUGCCCCCCCCCCCAGUGUCUGUGCUGUGGCUUGGCACCCAGCUCCAUGCUAAGCACGUGGGCUCGCCUGCCCGCCCUGUGCACUUCCACCUUGCCCUUCGCUUUCAUCAGAACCCUAAAAUGGCCGUUGAAGGUGCCCAGCCGCAGCUCGGCAGGGGCUGGAGAGGGAGGCAGGCAGGCAGGCAGGCAGGCGGAGGGCCGUGGUUCUUCCAAAUAGGAGUCCUGGGGCCUGGCCAGGCCAGGGUUUGGGCCUAAUGGCUUUGACUAAAUUACCCCCAUCCUCCUCCUUUCCGGAAAAAGGGGGAGCCAGAGCCACUGCUAUCAUUCUCUUCUGACCUUGAAGGGGGCGGUGUUGGCCUAGCUUCUGGAAUGGACAGAGUCCACCGUGCAAAGGGCUGGGGGCAGGAGGAGAUGGGGAGGGCCUGCCUGCGGAAGGUAGGAUUAGAUCAUUAGCUCAGUGACCUCCUAGGGUUUCCAUGUGCUGUGUUCUCAUCCUACAGCUGGUUUGGUAAUGAUCUGCAAGUCCCGGAGAGCAACAGCACAGCUCUGCCUGACGCUCUCAUUAAAAUCUAUGCAGCCAAGCUCGGCGCUUUGUAGCAGCCGGCCUUGCGAAGCCUCAGCUGGGGGGUGGGGGGACCCAGUCAGCUGAGAGGCCCUCUGGGCUCUACUUAUGCAUAUGUGCACCAAAAAAAAGAAAAAAAAGUGCUUCUUUACCCAGGGCCCUUUAAGAUGAUAAAGGACCCAGCGCAGGUAGGCAUGUGUUUGUGGAAUUCUGUAAUUGUAGAAUGUGAAGUUUGGUGGUUAUUUAAACUGGGCCGAGGCUGCUAAGAGUAUAGAACAAUGGCCCAUAAGGACUCUUAAGCUUCAAAGCCAAGGAGCCACCUCCCUUCCUGGUCUGCCCAGCCCAGGGGACCUGCCCCCAUUCCUGUGGCCCAGAGGCCCAGCUUCCAUUCGGCAGUGUCAGAAGUGACUUGUGGCUUUGCCUUGCUCGUGAGAUGAUUUCAUUCCAAGGGAGCAGGGGUGGGGGGAGGCGGGCGGUGAUCCCUUGGAGGCUCAGAGCAGCUGGCCUGAGCUCCCGCUCCUCCCCUCCGAUGGAGGCUCCAGCGCCCUCACAAACGACCCUGGCCAAUGUCACCGCAGCACUGAGGCGGUGUUGUCAGGGCUAAUGUGAAAUCUCUUCCCGUGGCGCCGAUCCUCCGACUCUGCAGCGCCAGCAUGGACAGAUUGAGGUCUCUGUGGCUUUGGUGACCCUGCUUAAGCAUUCCCACCGCGUUCCUGCUCUGCUGUAGGACUGCCUCCCGCCGCAGCCCCUCACCUGACCUCGGGGCCUGCGGGAGGACGCAGCGUGCCAGGCCCAGGCGCUCCUGCUCAGGAGAGAUGCCAGCCUUCCUCGGAGGGCGUAAGCCUUUGAGCUCUGCCUGAGUCCAUCUGACCAGGGGCAGGGGUCACAGAGCAGGGCCUGGUCCCGCGCCUCCCGCCACCUUCACUUUAAUGGGGCCUCAGCAAGGGCCAGGGAACAUCUCUGUCUCUGUAUUAACUUCAGCCGGUUAAUUCAUUUGAGAAACUAACCAGUUUUUACUUUCUGUCUAGAAUGGUGUACAUGUAGAAGAGUAAGCUGUAAUGCUCCCAAAGUGCCUUGUUUUCUCUGAUAUAAAUAUAUUUAUAAGAACAGACUCUAGUGAGUUCUUGGGUGUGUUUGGCACCUCGACAUUUUAGGGAGUGAGCGCAGAGGUAGUGGAGACACCGUCAGAGAACACACCUUUCCCCAAGGCUGGGAAAGUAGCCGGUCCCCCAAAGUGCCUCUCUUCUCUUCUGCCCCUUCUCAGACCCUUGGAAGGACACCCAGUUUUUAGGGCCCUGAAACUCCAAGCUUGGUCUCCUUUGCUUUCCUGUCAGGCUUGUUUAUGUACCAUAUUUGUACCCCAGCGACCCGAAGGUCCUGUGGAACUCUGUACACAUGUGGACACCAUCUUCAGGAAUUCGAUAAAGGCUCUGCGGCCAUGCA